CAGACAAUUAAUACACUUGUUAGUACAACAACGGUCGCCAGACUGUUAAAGUAAUAAAAACAUCGCAACCAAUUAUCACUUAGAUUUCAUUGAAGGGAACAAUGAAUUCAGGAAUUAUUCUGUUGUUUUUACAAUUUUGUUCGAUGACAGAUGAACACAUUAUAAUAUACGGAACAGGUGGGGAUUCUCAACGUCCAGUCUUAAAAUGGGAUGGUGAAAGUGCAAAUUUAGAACGAGAGAUUGAAGAUGUUAAAGAGGACGUGAUUUCUAUCAAUAAACAGAUCGGUGUCUUGAAGAACCGGGUAGAAGAUUUAGAGACUCGAAAAGGUCACUUAGAAUCGUCAAGAACACCAUGCCUCGAUGGUUGGAUAGCGUAUGGAGGGUCUUGCUACUAUUUGAGUUCAACCAAUGUCAACUAUGCUGGUGCUGAUGAAUACUGCAAAUCUCUUCGAGCACAUUUGGUUCAUGUCGAAGAUAAAGAUGAAAAUACAUUUCUAAAGACAUUCAUGCAGAAUCAUAGUCGUGCUGGUAUACAUUACUGGAUAGGCAUCACAGACAUUGAGACAGAAAACGUAUGGAAGUUAUCUGGGGAAAACAAAUCCUCUUCGUUUUUCGACUGGGGAGCUAGCCAAGAACCAAGCGGUACACGCACAGAAAAUUGUGCCCGAUUUGCGUAUGAACACCAAUACAAAUGGGGAGAUGUCGCAUGCACAUCUACAGCUCGCCCUGCCUGUGAAGAGAAUUGGAAAGGCGAUUAAAUAUUAUAAAAUAUCAUAUUUUAUAUGUUGCACAUCCCAUUGUUAAAAAAUUAAACUGAUAAUUUGAAACACAUAUUUA